AUGGAGCGCAUAUUGUUGCCACGCAAUAUUGGUACGCCUCAGAAAGCCGCUGUACUACUUCUUAAAAUGCAACUACCCCAGUUUUUUGUCGAAGAAUAUUUGAUCGCUUUCGAUGAAAGAAGAAUUUGUAUGUGCAUAAAGGAUAAGAAAUCUGAGUACUUCGGACGACAGCAGCUGUCGAGUUCCACUAUUCUUCUUUUUGCCAGAUUACAAGUUUUCAAGAUCACCAUUUCAGCAAUUGUUAGCGAUACGGAUGAAAUCCGUUUGUCAAUGUCCUACCACCUACUUGAUGGUUGCAAUCGCACCAUAAUCACACAAAACGUCCCGUCUGGUAGAUUCACAAGUCCAAACUUCCCUUAUGAACAACUCGACAUGCACAACCAAAGUGGAAGCAGCAGCUCUAAACGAAUUCUGAUUGUGUUCCGAAGUUUCAAUUCUGAGCGAGGGCGUAUAAGUUUCUAUCGUACUAAUGGUUCACGUCUGGCUCUACAGUUGAUGACGAUGAGUGUUCAUGAGUUCUUGCGAUUUCGAUUUUUUGAAGGUCUUCAAGCAAACAGACCACAAUAUGGCCACAGAAGGUAUGAUCUGAGCUAUUUUACUGGGAAAAUGCAUGAUGAUGGUGCCAUCGAUGCGCCCUUACGACUUGGAGGGAGACAUCACCAAUAUGGGUUUUCCAAGAGGCUACAAUACUUCCACAAAAACUUCGUAUGUCUUUUUCUGGAUCAUCGUUUAGUUUUCGAAAGGUUCGUUCAUGCACAUCGAUCACGCAUGCCCGAUGAUCGAACCGGAUGCGGCACUUUUUAACC